CACGCAUUACCUACAAAAUAAGGUCCACUCUAAGUUCACUUCUGUCACGGAGGCAUAUAAACAAACAGUGUUGUGUUAAAUGUGCCGGGAAAAUGGCGGCCCCGUCAAACGGUAGUGGUAAUUUAGUGGAAGAAUUCGAAGAAUCUUUUCAGGCAUGUCUGAACGUGCUGACGAAGCAGGAAGCAUCUCCUUGCGUGGAGAAGGAGGAGGUGAAAGUCGAAGUCGAAAGGUUCAUCGACCUCGCCAGGCAGAUGGAGGCUUUCUUCUUACAAAAGAGAUUCCUGUUAUCCGCAAUGAGGCCGGAGUUACUAGUGAAAGAAGAUAACAAUGAACUGAAAUGUGAACUCCAAAGAAAGGAGGAGUUACUCAGAAGACAUUACGACAAGAUCAGCCAGUGGCAGAACUUGUUAGCUGACUUACAGGGCCACACGGUGUACAACAAGUGCCAGCAACAGACUGCUCAGGCGCCGCCCGCUGUGCAACAGGCGCCUGCGCCCCAACAUGUGGUGCAGCAGAGCGUGCAGGCACAACAAAUGGCAGCAGCCGCGGCAGCACAACAAGCCGCGUUGCAACAACAGGCAGCGUUGCAGCAACAGCAGGUACCUCGCCCCCCGCACCCGCCCGCGUAUCCCGCGAACGUGCAGCGACGGUAGUCUGACUCGAAGUGAAACUCGAUCUGAUCUGAACGCAUACCUGUCAGAUUCGACCACGGCGAAUCAAUCGAAUAAGCAUGAUGACUGAGAAAAAUAAUUAGUCCGCCUUUUAGAUAACCCUGAAAUGAAGGACACAUAAUAUCUAUUAUUUGUUUUCUCUCAAAAACAGGAUAUAGGUAAUACGAUAAAAUGUUUGUGUUACGUCACUUCUAAGUACAAAUUUUACACAGACGUGACGUCACACCCCAGCGGGGCCCAGCAGGGCCAAGGCCUGCCGGGGCUGCGGGUUGUUCGAAAGAGAUACCGCGGCCCUGGUACACAAAAGGCCUAUGACGGAACACGACGGUUUUUAGUCAGUAAGAGUCUGACACUCCCUCACCGCUGCUAACCCACAGCGGGAGGGGUCAUUUGAUGAUUUUUGACGUCGUUAAAAAAAAAAAAGACGUGACGUCACAAGUACUCUCAAUGUUUGUCACUUUAGGUAUAUCUUAAUAAAUAUUUAAUGUUUUGCGAAAAAUGCCGAUCCAAAAUGCGGACUAAUUAGGAUUACUAUUUUUUUUACCCUGUCAUUAUGCCUAUCCUGUCAAAUGUAAUGUAACCUUUGCCGCCGCAGUCGUGGUCGAGUCUGAGGCCUCGGCCUCGAAUUUUGCGGGCAGCGGGGCGGCAGCGGCGGCGGCGCGGGAGCGGCAGGAUCUUACGCGUAUAAUCAAAUGGACCGGCCCUCGAAUACAGCGGCGCGGGCGCGGGCAACGAGCGGUGCACUCCAGUCAAGCGGUGACCGCCCGCGCCGCCGCCGCUGCCGCCCCGCUGCCCGCAAAAUUCCGAGGCCGAGGCCUGACAGCUGUGCUUUCACCAUUAAAGUAUUUGUGCUGGUGAUUUUUUUAAGUCACUGUCAGUCAAGUGAUAGGUGAUUUCAAAACAGACAAGUUUUGAGCAAAUGUAAAUUGUAUUAUUAAGUAAUUCUAAAAGUAGGUAUUUAAGCAGUUUUUUUCUUUUGUUUAGUAGAUAGAUGCAACUUUGAUUUUCUUUAAAAUAUAUUUUGAUUUUUUAAUAUUA